UAUAUUUACACACAGAAAACUGGAUGGUUGAGAGAUUAUUUUUACAUCUUGGAAAUGUAUAUAAGAGGAAGGAAAUGAGAGCACCUUGCAUGACUUCUUUCAUCUGUGUUAAAAAACUAUUGAGCAGUUGGAAGCAAUGGAAGAGGAAAAGCAGGUGCUUAUAAAAGUUGUUACAGAAAAACUUCAGAACAUGGCAAAUACUUCAAUGAAGAAUGUGCUCUGGAGCAAACGUUCAAUCUACAGAAUACCUGCCUCUGUUACAGCCCAUAACGAGACAGCUUACAUGCCCCAGACAGUCUCCUUCGGUCCUUACCAUCAUGAUGACAUUCAUCUGAAGCCAAUGGAGGAACACAAGCAACGAGCACUCGUGUAUUUUCUAAAUAAAACAGGAAUACCUCUACAGUCGGUCGUUGAAUCUUUAAAUGAAGAAAUGCAGGUUUUAAAAGACUCAUAUGAUAUGCUUGGUGAAUCAUGGAAAAAUGAUACGAGCAAAUUUCUGCAAAUGAUGAUUCUUGACGGUUGUUUCAUGCUGGAAAUCAUACGCCUUGCUACACAUAAUUCGUUGGACUACUCUGCCGAUGACCCCGUUUUUAGCAGCCACGGGAGGCUCUACAUGAUACCACAUAUCCGGCGUGACAUGUUGUUGCUUGAAAAUCAACUGCCAAUGCUUGUUCUUUACAGGUUGGUUGCCGUUGAAAGCGACGGAGCAAAGGAUGAAGAGUCGGUCAACGAGCUCAUACACAAUUUCUUCCAUCCCAAUGCAUCGGUCUCAAGUCUGGAUAAAUGCUUGCAUGUAUUGGAUUUGUAUAGGAAGAGCCUUCUUCAGGGAGAUCCCAUCAAGAAAAUGCGUCGCCCCCGAGUAAAGGGAGGACUUCAUGGGGAUGACAACGAUAUUAUACGAUCAGCGACAGAGAUUAAUGAAGCUGGAAUCCAGUUCAAGAAAAGUAAAAUUAAGAGCCUGAAAGAAAUCUCAUUACAUCGUGGGGUCCUAGAGCUUCCUGUCAUUGAGGUAGAUGAUACCACCGAGGCAACCUUUCUGAAUCUGAUGGCCUUUGAGCGCUUCCAUGUUGGUGCAAGCAAUGAGGUAACAUCUUAUGUCUUCUUCAUGGACAGUAUCAUUGACAAUGAGAGGGACGUUGCCCUCCUAAACUCGAGAGGAAUUAUCCAGAACGCUAUUGGAAGUGACAAAGCUGUCGCUAAACUGUUCAACUCUCUCUCUAAGGACAUUGCGUUGGAAUCCAACAGCAACCUCCAAGUGGUGCAAAUGCAUGUCAAUGCUUACUGCAAGAAGCCUUGGAAUGCGUGGCGUGCCAAUCUCAUUCACACCUAUUUCAGAAAUCCUUGGGCUAUUCUGUCUGUUAUUGCUGCACUCAUCCUCUUUGCCCUCACUAUUGCUCAAACUGUAUAUUCUAUAUUACCUUACUACAACUCAAAUAACUCUACAUCGCUCUCUCCUCCUAUGAUUUUUGCGGCUCCCCCUCCCCUUUCAACUCCCCCUCCCACUCCUCCUCCUAUUCAUCCUCCAAAACUAUCACGCCGCCAUUGAUUCACAUGGUUCCACCACCAUCCACUUUAAAUUUCAAAUACAAAUGGUGAGUGAAUCCCACCAAUUGCCACAUCUAUAUAUUUCUUUUCCUUUGAAAGCCUUGGAUUGCUUGUUUUGCUUUCUCCAAUUAUCUUUAACAGUUGUGUUACUACAAGUAGUGAUUGUCGAGGUUAGCUUACACCUACCUCGACUAAUCCUUUAAAGUUCUAAAAUUAACGACUAUAUAAGCCUCUAGUAACCCUGAAGUUUGUGACACUCGAACUAAUCUAAAGAACAAACACAAGAUCUAACUAGUUAAGCUACACCCCUCAAAGUUAAGUAUUUGAUAUUUUUGUAUGACCGCAUCAUGAUCAUAUACGCAUGUAUCAUUUAUUUAUCCUGUAUCUCGUUUACUUCCCCAACAAGUGAGGUUGACGACUCUUGAGAUUUUUU